UUUAUUUUUUUUUGUCGAUGGUAUUUUCACUGAAACGUGAAAUUUAACUUGAUAUAUAUAUAUAUAUAUAUCCUUAGAUAAUUUUAGAGCAAAGCAACUGUGAUUAAUUUUACUUUCUUAGUUAAAACUUGUUAAUUAUUUUUUUCACUGGUUAUACACGAUGGCUAAAUGGGGAGAAGGAGAUCCUCGUUGGAUUGUAGAAGAGAGACCUGAUGCUACAAAUGUGAAUAAUUGGCAUUGGACUGAAAAGAAUGCCUGUCAAUGGUCAAAGGAAAAACUAAAUUCAUUACUUAUUGGAUUGGUAAUAGAAAAUGAUGUUGUCAAUUGUGAAAUACAUAAGAUUGAUACAUGUGAAGGAGAAGCUGUUGCGAAUAAUAGAAAAGGCAAAUUGAUAUUCUUUUACGAAUGGGAUUUAACAUUAUCAUGGAAAGGAUUUUUAAGUGGUGCUGAUAAACAAAUUGAAGGCACAAUUAAUAUACCUAAUUUAAGUGAAGAAAAUAGUAUAUCUGAAGUUGAGAUAAACAUCUCAUUAAAAGAAUCAUCAAAUGAAGGAAAUAUAGUGAAAGACUUUCUUUAUAAUCAAGGAAAGAGUAAAAUCAGAGAACAAUUAGAAAUAUAUGUUAAAGAUUUGAAAGAAG